CACAUAACUACACUCCUGGAACCAAGCUAGCUAAUCAACCUUUUUAAUUAACAAAAAUUAAUGUUACUUUUAUUAUAUAUUUUAUGAUGUUGUACUGAAAAAUUUUAAGUUCUGAGAUAGAAAUUCAUUUUAAUGUAUUGUGACAAAACGAUUAGGUGUUAAAUUUAAGAAAUUAAAAUUUAUGCUUAAUUUGCAUUGUUCUUGCAGGUCCACUUUGGUCAAAAAAGCCUUGAUGUCUGUAAACAAAUACUAAAUAGAUAUUAUCCUAAUUCAGUGUUGAAUCUUAAAAAACUAGAAGACUCACAUUCUGAUUUUCCACCUAAGGCAGAGGUGACAUUUGAAGAGGAAAAUGAACUACUAAAUAACUUGAAAGAUCAACCAUCAAGGCAACAGUACUUAGUGGAUAUUUUGCUUUAUCAUAGCAGAAGAAAGAAUGUAGAUAGAGUUCGUCAACUGUUAUCACAAGCAAGAGAAUUUGACCCCACAGAAAAUACAUUAGUCUGUUCUCAAUUAAUCAGUUUAUUUGCUGGGUUGAAUGAUAUUGAAAUGGCAAAAAAAUAUAUGACAGUUUUGAAGGAAAAACAUCCCACCUAUAAAUUGGAUUCUGUGAAAGUUCUAGAAUAUGCGAUACUGUUAAUAAAAUUUUCUAAACUUGAAGAAGCUAUAGAAGUUGUCAAGACUGAAUGUAAAGAACUAAUCUACUUUGGUGGAAAAGAAAUAGUAUUGAAAACUAUAAAAAGAUUUUUGAAUGCUGCAGUUGAAACUGCAGACAUUGGAUUUGUACAAAAUGUCCAAAAUCUCCUUCUACCUCAUUCAAAGACCUUAGGUUCAAUAAAGUCAUUUUUGGAGCCUCUUGUUAAAAUUCAUUUGCACAAGCAUGAUUUAGAAAGUGCAAUAAAUGAAUAUAGGAACUGUGCUGUGAAUUACAAAGUUGCUCCUUGUUUGGGCUCAUUGAUGAAGAUUUGCAUUUCUAAUGAUGAUCAUUUCAAUCUGCAAAAAAUUAUUGAUUUGACCAUUGCUAAUGUUGGAAAAAUGGUUGCUGUUAAUCAACUGGCUGUAAGCUUCGUUGAAACUGGACGACUUCACCAUGCCUUAAAAGUCAUUAAGAGUGUUGGAAAAGCAGCUGAUAUUUACUUGGAAGAACUGUGCUCUAAAAUGUUUGAUGAAAACAAAGUUAAACAAUUAGAGCAACUUCUUUUAAUUUCAAAGGAGCUUCAGCAAGUGAACAGGGAGAAAAUAUAUUAUUACCUUAUGAAACUCUAUGAUAAUAGAAAUGAUUAUGAAAAGGCUUUAGAUGUAUGGAAGCAUUUGCAAGAAGAUGGUAUUGCACCAAAUGAGCAAACUAAAAAAUUAUAUGAUAGUUUACUGAAAAGAAAUAUGAAACAUGCUCCUUUGACUCAUUCUGCAGAGGAAGCAAGUUUCUCAACUGAAAGUUCUGCACAUUUGGCCAAAGCAGAAUUUCUAAAUAGUUUACGCAAAGAAGAUAUUGAUACUGCUCUCUCUGAACUACAAAAGAUGAAGAAAGGUUAUAUUCGUUUGCUAAGUUUUGAAGAACUAUCUCAAUUUAUUGAUUUACUUGUGCAAAAUAGGCGUGUUAAAGCUAUUACUCCAAAUGUUCAAGUAAUGAGUUACAUCAUUGAAUACCCUACUGAGAUUUUAAAGCCAUUAUUGGAAAAAUAUUGUGAAAAUGGGGAUGUAGACUCAGUAAAUGAAGUAAUUACUAAUUUGCCUGCUUUUACUCAGAGGAAGGUACAAUCUCAACAUUUUUAUUACAAAACAUUAAUUUUUAGUGGGAAACAUGAAGAUGUAAUAUGUGACUUUGAAAAGUCUGCUGAACAUCCGGAGGGGAAAAAGGCAUUCUCUUCGUAUGCAUUUUUUGAAUUACUAAAAGUGCCUGAUUUAAGAGAAAGAGCUAUCAAAGUUGCAGAAAAGCAUUGUGAAGGAAAGUUUUAUCUGUCAAGCAUUCUUGUGGGAAUUCAUUAUUUUAUAAAUGAAAACUAUGACAAGGCUCGUGAACUGUUACAGUUACAUCCAGCUUCUCUUGAUAAAGUAGAUGCACUGAUUUUACGAAGUGUGAAGGAGACAGAAAAUGUAACCUUGGGUAUGCAGUAUGUGAAAUUAGUAAAUGAGCUGACUGCAGUGAAAAAUAGAACCAAAAUGAGGGCCUUUGGAAAUCUUCUGGAAAUAUUAGUUCAAAAGGAAAUGUAUGAUGAAGCGGUUGGUUUAAUAAAGAAGGCUGAGGAACAUCAAGUUCCUUUUCAUAAAUAUUAUCAAAAUACGUUAAUGUCAUUGAAAACUGCAUUGGAGAAUCAGAAUAAACCUGUUCCAUUUAAUGUCCCAUCUGAAAUAAAGGAUUUCGACCGUGAAAACUUUGACUCUGAAUAAUAUUUAGGAUAUAUUUUUAUUCGCUUCAUUUCAUUAGUUGAAAUGGUUUUUCCAUUUUCAGCAGUUUCACUUCUUCAUAUGAAAGUAGAAUUUGUAUAAUAAGAAUGUCUUUUCUGAGAAAAUGUAAAAUAAAUUUUUGUCUUCUAUGAA